AUGGCGAUCUCUCUCUCCUUCGUCACUCCUCCCUCUUCCACUUCAUCUUCACUCUCGUCUUCCAAAUCCAUUCCAUCACUUUCCCUCUCUCCGUCCUCCCUCCGCCUCCCCCGACGCGCAAACCGUUUGCUCCCUCUCCGAUCAGUGUCUGUCUCCGGAGGCUCCGGCGGCGGAUCCUUCGGAGGCUACGGCGGCGGUCAUGGACACGGCGGUCAUGGUCAUGGAGGUAACGACGAACACGGAAAUGACGGAAAGAACGAGGCCUUAAUGGUGAUGGCGGAGGCGGGAAGGGCGUUGGAGACCGUGCCAGCGGACUUGGCGGCGGCGGUAAAGGAGGGCAAGAUUCCGGCCGCGGUGAUUACGCGGUUUCUGGAACUGGAGAAGUCGGCGUUCUUCCGGUGGCUGCUUCAGUUCCCUGGUUUCAGAGAGCGUCUACUCGCCGAUGAUCUCUUCCUCGCGAAAGUCGCGAUGGAAUGCGGCGUUGGCGUCUUCACCAAGACUGCUGCUGAAUACGACCGAAGAAGAGAAAAUUUUUUCAACGAGCUUGAAAUUGUCUUCGCCGAUGUGGCGAUGGCCAUCAUUGCAGAUUUCAUGCUGGUUUAUCUUCCUGCGCCUACUGUUGCCCUUAGACCUCCACUCGCAGGCACCGCAGGGCCUAUCGCCAAGUUUUUCCAUGGCUGCCCAGAUAAUGCUUUUCAGGUUGCUCUCUCUGGAGCAUCAUAUUCCUUGAUACAGAGGAUUGGUGCAAUUGUGCGGAAUGGGUCUAAGCUCUUUGUUGUUGGCACAGCUUCAUCACUGGUUGGGACAGCUAUGACAAAUGCCUUCAUCAAUGCAAAGAAGGCAGUCAACAAGUCAUCUGAAGGAGAAAUUGAAAAUGUUCCAAUACUGUCUACCAGUGCUGCCUAUGGUGUCUAUAUGGCAGUUUCUAGCAAUCUCAGGUAUCAAGUGCUUGCUGGAAUUAUUGAACAGAGGCUUUUGGAACCUUUGCUGCAUCAGCACAAGCUAAUUCUUAGUGCACUUUGCUUUGCUGUGCGAACUGGCAAUACAUAUUUGGGUUCACUAUUAUGGGUGGAUUAUGCUCGUUGGAUAGGGGUUCAAUAG